UGAGCAGAGGCGUGAUAACUAUCAAUUCCCAAAGAGAACUAUCAACAGUGGAGGCACAAACCACAAUUCCCAGAAUUCUAAGCAUCUGGGGGGUGGAAAUGUGCUGUCCUCAAAGGACUGUAACUGGGAAACGAGUACAUAAACACACUUGCUACGAAAUGCAGACAGGAUGGCCUUGCCAAGGAUGUGGGGCCUAAGACCCAGAUCUUACAACUGUGAGAGAUGUGGGAAUGACUUUGUCAGCCGCACAGCUCUGAGAUACCAUUUCCAAGCUAAACAUCUUGGGAGAGUUCACUGUGAAACUUGUGGCAAGGAGGUUUUGCGAGAGUGUCUUCCGCAGCAUGCAAAGACUGAUCAUGAAAUGAUACUGACCAGCAAUCACAGAAGCUACUGGGAUAUGACUCGUAAGAGGAGAACAAAAUUUGUGGCCACGGAAACACUGACAUCCUGUAGGAUGUGCCCCAGGCAGUUUGGAACAGCCCAUGCCAGGGAGUACCAUGAGAAACAAGAGCAUCGCUUCACUGCCAGCAAAAGAGCUCAAAUGUCCACUGCCUUUAAACCUGAAAACAUAUUAGAGUACAAAACACCUGCGGAAUUAACGAAAUUUGUGGAAGCAAAACUCCGACCAAUCUCAAAUGCUGUAAGGUGGGGCUGUGCAUCAGAAGUUGAAAAGAUCAUUGAGUUCAUUGAAGAAGUGUUUCCAUUACCAAUAACAUAUGUUACGAAGGGCGGUUCAUAUAUAAAAGGAACUGAUGUACAAGAUUCAUCUGAUGUGGACAUAGUUCUUUUUAGCAACACCUUUCAAAGUUUAGAAGACUGCCAAAGAAAAAUUCCCGAAGUACUAGAAGACUUAGGGAAAAGACUAACUGAACCUUCCUGGAUCAACAGGGUAAUAUUGCAGGAAAGGACACCAUUUUCCCUAAGGUUCUACUUUAAUUGUUAUAAAGAUCACCACGGCCACUUUUUUGACAUAAUGCCUUGUUAUGACAUGUUUGGGCCUACAUUAUCAGCAGGUUUAAAAGAGAGCUUUUACCGCAAGCUCUACCUCUGCAGUGACAGUGAUAAAAUCCAGCUGUACACAAUGGCCCUGUUGAAGUACCAAGUUGAGUUUGUCAAGGCGUCAACAGAGAGGGUGAAGGAUCUCAUACGUUUAAUGAAGCACUGGUUCAAAACUUCAUUUGCAACACCGAGAGAAGAAAACAAGUUUCGCAGGCUCCCUUCCUCCUACGCUGUGGAACUCAUCACCAUCUAUGUAUGGGAGCUGGCUGGGAAACCAAUGUUUUUCAGCUAUGUACAGGGAAUGAGAGCCGUCCUGAAGCUUUUGGUUCAGUAUCAAGAAAUCUGUGCUGUAUGGCACAAACAUUACAGACCCAAUUUUCCAAUUUUCCAAAAGGUGUUUCUAAAGCAAACCAGGCCAUUUGUUUUGGAUCCUGUGAACCCAACCUUUAAUGUGUGCGAGAACAGCAAUGCCUGGGACGAAGUAGCUCAUGUGGCAAGGCGGAGCCUCCUUAAACCGCUCUUUAAUGGCAUCCAAGCAAAGGAACCCUGGCUUUUUGCAGAGAACUGGUGAAACCAAAUCUGGACGUGCUUCCGGAAGAAUGGGCACCCAGUUUUGAGGUACCACCAUGGGAAAACGCCGGUAUUGAAACUGAAUGAAAACUUAAGAGAGAAAACGGCAAGUCGUGCACUUGCUGUGUGCAAUGAAACUGCCUCCUCUGGAGGAAAGCAGCUGUGGGAGAAGGUACUCUGAAGAGGAAAAGGUGCUGAGGUGAAGGGAGUGCUUAACCCUUCCUACAGCCAUCCAUUUUCCUCUGCUACCUCUCCUCCCAAGUUGUGUUUGCUCCCGUAGGGUUCCAGUCCCAUGUUUGCAAGAUAACUUUGGGUCACAAACAUUGGCAAGGUUAAAAGCAGUUGGUGUGGGGAAGUUUCAGAGGGGAGAGCAGCAGGUGGAGGAAAGAUGAAAGAGUUCUUCUCUGGCAAAGAUUUUAUUAAACUCCACUCAGAGAGAGAGAAAGGGCCUUUCAGGCUUCACCAAAAGCAGUCUGUCUUUGGCUGUUGACUGAAAUAUUCAGCAAAUAAAACUAACUUUCCCUUUCAAAAACAAAAAUCAUUGUUGGCCAGGUGCUCUUUCUUUUUUUAACUUGAAGAAAAAAAUGGUUGCAAUUUUAUGGUUCAGGAGGUCAAGGUUUAAAGAAUUGCUGCCAAGAUUGGAAAGUCAAGAAUAUUUAGGUUAGAAGUAAAUAAGAAAUGUGCAUAGGUAGGGUAUUUUUUUGGGAGGGGGGAGUACUUCUCCAUUGGCAUUCCAUAGCAUGUUUAAGCUUAGUGAUUUAAGGAUUACUUUCUUUCACGUGGACCAUAGAGAGAAGCAGCCUAUUGUAAUGUUCGCAUACAGUAUGUGGAAUGCUUGCAAUAAGCACAUUUUUCCUGAAAUGUUUUCACAACAGUUUAUUUUACAAAAUGAUUGCCCAAAUUCAACACUUGAGUGACUCAAAUAAGAUACAGAAGAUUUGAGGCAGUAAAAUACUUUUUUAAAAAAUUAAUGGUUGAUUCUAAUUCCCAGUAUUAUAUUUCUUUGCCAUUUGCUGCAGCAGACCCAUGACAGCUAUAGAUGAAUCUUGAAAGAACGGUCUAGUUUCCUUUUGCAACACAGUGUUGAUAACUCAUUGUCAAGGGCUCUUCAUAAUUCGUGCAGAGCUUUUUUUUUCUAGAAAAAGAGGUGCCGGAACUUGUUUUUUUUUUGGGGGGGACACCCCACUGCACCGAUCGCCAUGCUACCCGCAGCCACCUGUUUUGGCUGGAAAAAAGGCCUGAAUAUGUGUAUCUGACCUGCUUGCAACGAAAAUUCCUGUAGGAGUCAUAAGUGCACAACUAGCAGAAGGGAUUGGCUGCAUUGUGCUUGAUAAGCAGAACAGUGUUUAUCAUGACAGUGGAAGAGAUAGCUUAGAGCCAAGGCAGGCAUUGACAACAUUUGGUUCAAAUUUAGGAAGAUCUUCACCAAAUUCUGAAAAUCAUGACCAAAAUUGUAAGUCAUUAUUUAUUAUUUACUUCCAAAGUACAGUUGAACUUUCUGAAAUUGUUGCUGUUGGAUCAGAGAUGGGAAACCUCCAUCUCACUGGCCUAAUAGGUUCACCAAGCCUCCCCAAUUGGCGCCUGGGGCGACUUUGAUUAAGCCACACCUGCCCAUCUUACAUACACUGUCUUAUAUAAUGUCAGGUGUGGGGCAAGUGAGAUCUCGCUCAGCUGAAAGGGUUUCCAGGCACUGGCGAUUUCUCAAAAACCCGGAACCCAGAACUUGAGCUGACAAUUUUGUGACUAAGUUGGUUGGUCCUCAGCUGCAGCAGCAGUACAGUCGUACCUUGGUUGCCAAAUGCCUUGGAACUCGUACGUUUCAGCUCCUGAACAAUUGAAAACUGGAAGUGAGUGUUCUGGUUUCCAAAUGGUUUUCGGAAGCUGAAUGUCUUGUGUGGCUUCCGAUUGGCUGCAGGACGCUCCUGCAGCCAAUCGAAAGCCGCGCCUUGGUUU